AUGAUGGAUAACUACAACGAAUCCGAUAUGGUUUAUUGCCCGUACAACAAGGAGCACAAAAUGCUGCGCAAGAAGCUCCAGCAGCACAUCCUGAAAUGCCGUGUGAUCUACAAAGACAUGGUGGAACUAAUGGUUUGUCCAUUUAAUAAAUCGCAUUUGAUCCCAGAGCCCGAGUUCUUUCAACACACCAAGUCGUGCGAGGAUCGAAAUAUUAUAGUGCACUAUCAGACCAGCGCGCCUGCUGUUCUCAACGAAGACACCAGGCAUCCCAAGAUCGAGUCCGCAGAGAACUGGGACGACGACGACAGUGUGCCCGACUACGAUCCUCAAGUCUACUGCUCCACGGCCAACAUAGUGAGGGAGCCCAAUGGGUUGUUUCCCGCCCAGCGGAAGGCUUUCAUCGAGCAGGAGAAGCGUCGUCAUUUUGGCGAGGAUUACGAGGAGGAGAAGAAGCCGCCAAAGGCCAAGUCUCGCGCCGAUCCUCGUCCCACUCCCUACGAGCCAAAAAAGCCCUUCUCAAGGCGCCAGUAAUUCGAUUCCACCAUG